CGUCGCGCCAAGUUCGAGAGUCGGGAUUCGUCGGAAUUGUCUACGCACAUUCCAGCGCGCUAUUGUGUAGCUUAUUGAACACAGCAGCUAAACAACUAGUUAAGAAUAAAACGAAUUGAACACAAGACAAACAAAAAGAAAAACACAAGUGGAUCAUUUAUAACUAACCCACGGCAACAGCAGUUAGUUCGUAUUUAUUAUCGCUAAACAAUGACGUCAGGCAUACGACCCAUUGAUGUGCUACUGCAGCGAGCCGGUAUACGCGGCCAUCAGCGCGCUCCAUCCGAUUCGAAGGAGUUCCACGAGGUAACCAAGCGCGAUGCACUGCGUCUGCUCGAGAAUGAAGUGGAUCGUCUGCUCCAGACGACAGAGCCGGCUCGUCGUCCAGCACUGCAAGCGGAAAUGGGUCGGUUCGCCGAUCUCUUCGGACGUUUCCUUCAAGAGGAGGGACCUGCGCUGGACUGGAACAAAAUUCAGAAGUUGCCCGAAAAUGCAGUCAUGAACUAUUCUAAUCUCAAGGCGCCCAAGAACGAGCAGAAUGAGAUCCGGAGCAUGUUGGACAAACUGGUGGUCAUUAAGCUGAAUGGUGGUCUGGGCACCUCCAUGGGCUGCCACGGACCCAAGAGUGUCAUUCCCGUGCGUUCCGAUUUGACCUUCCUGGAUCUGACGGUACAGCAAAUUGAGCAUCUCAAUAAGACAUACGAUGCCAACGUGCCGCUCGUGCUGAUGAACUCCUUCAAUACGGACGAGGAUACGGAGAAGAUUGUGCGCAAAUAUAAGGGAUUCCGGGUGCAGAUACACACCUUCAAUCAGAGCUGCUUUCCGCGCAUCAGCCGCGAGCAUUUCCUGCCCGUCGCCAAGGACUUUGAUGUGGAGAAAGACAUGGAGGCCUGGUACCCACCUGGUCACGGCGACUUCUACGAUACCUUCCGUAACUCGGGUCUGCUGAAGAAAUUCAUUGACGAGGGCCGUGAGUACUGCUUCCUCUCCAAUAUUGACAAUCUGGGCGCCACCGUCGACCUGAACAUACUCAACAAGCUGGUGGGCGAGGAGCGUGCCAGCACGCCCUUCGAAUUCGUCAUGGAGGUGACCGACAAGACCCGUGCUGAUGUCAAGGGUGGCACGCUCAUUCAAAUGGAGAACAAGCUGCGACUGCUGGAAAUUGCUCAGGUGCCCAAGGAGCACGUCGAUGACUUCAAGUCCGUCAAGACCUUCAAGUUCUUCAACACCAACAACAUUUGGGCCAAUCUGGCUGCGAUUGACCGAGUGCUGCGCGAGCGCACGCUCAACAUGGAGAUCAUUGUAAACAACAAGACACUCGAGAAUGGACUGCGCGUCAUUCAGCUGGAGACGGCGGUGGGUGCGGCCAUGAAGUGCUUCGAUGGCGCCAUUGGCAUCAAUGUGCCACGCUCUCGGUUCUUGCCCGUGAAGAAGUCGUCGGAUCUGCUGCUCGUCAUGUCGAAUUUGUAUACGCUUAAGAAUGGUAGCCUAGUGAUGUCGCCGCAGCGCAUGUUCCCCACCACGCCCCUGGUCAAACUGGGCGAAAAUCACUUCUCGAAGGUCAAAGAGUUCUUGGGUCGCUUUGCCAACAUACCCGACAUCAUUGAGCUGGACCACUUGACAGUCAGCGGAGAUGUGACCUUCGGCCGUGGCGUGUCCUUGCGCGGCACUGUGAUCAUCAUUGCCAAUCAUGGCGAUCGUAUCGACAUACCCGCCGGUGCCAUCUUGGAGAACAAAAUCGUGUCUGGCAACAUGCGCAUCUUGGAUCAUUAAUCGUCCGACCAACCGCACCCAUGUGAUAUGCCAGAAUCAGUCGUUAUCUCUGUAGCAUAAUUAACUAAGUUUAUGUAGUAGCCAUGUUCAAGUUCCAAAUUACGCGUUUCAUUUAGCCAAUUGUUGUAAGCACAAAGUGUCAUCUAGUGGAGCCGCCUCAGA